CAUGCAGAGAGGCUAGAUUCGCAUCGAGCGUCCGCUCUGCAACUAGACUACGCUUCCCAGAAAGCCGAAGGACGGGGACCGGCAGGGCUCAGGCCCUCGUGCCGAGAUAACAGGUCGAGACUCCGCAGCGCGGCGGGAAGAGAAGCUGACUAGGAAGGUUUCUCGCUCUUUCGCUGGCUGGGUGAUUUCUCACAGCCUCCAGCCAUGCGGCUCUCUGCCCUGAUGGCCUUGGCAUCGAAGGUCUCUCUGCCCCCCAACUACCGCUAUGGGAUGAGCCGCCCAGGCUCCCUGUCAGACAAAAGGAAGAAUCCUCCAGGGACUAGGCGGCGCCGGGUGGCCGUGGAACCCAUCUCUGACGAAGAUUGGCACCUGUUCUGUGGAGACAGGGUGGAGAUCCUAGAAGGCAAGGAUGCCGGGAAACAAGGCAAAGUGGUUCAAGUUAUCCGGCAGCGAAACUGGGUGGUCCUGGAGGGACUGAAUACACAUUACCGCUACGUUGGUAAGACCAAGGAUUACCGGGGAACCAUGAUCCCUAGCGAAGCACCCUUGCUCCACAACCAGGUCAAACUUGUGGAUCCUGUGGACAGGAAACCCACUGAGGUAGAGUGGAGAUUUACUGAAGCAGGAGAGCGGGUACGAGUCUCCACAAGAUCAGGAAGAAUUAUCCCCAAGCCUGAUUUUCCCAGAACUGAUGGCAUCGUCCCUGAAACAUGGAUUGAUGGCCCUAAGGACACAUCAGUGGAAGAUGCUCUAGAAAGAACCUAUGUGCCCCGUCUAAAGACACUGGAAGAGGAGGUGAUGGAGGCAAUGGGCAUCCAAGAGACUCGGAGACACAAGAAGGUCUAUUGGUACUGACCUGGGGAGAGCAGCUUCUCCCCUCCUCAUCUUAGCCUUCAGGCCGGGCCGUCUCUCUUCAGGCACCAAUAAAGAGCCAUGAAUACA